GGACGGUAUUAUUCCACUCCGCGGUUACACUUUUUCUGCUGACGAAUUUCUGGCUUUUUUGCAUGCAUUUUGCAAGUGAAGUUUUCCAAGAAACCGAAGAGUGAAAACCACGAAAGUCGAGCGAAUCGAGAGGAAAUUCAGCUGGAAUUCGGUGAAGAAAGGCACGUUGAUCGUAGUUUUUUUUCUCGACAUUUUCUGCAAAGCCCGUGCGUGAGUGUGACUGUGUCCCCCUCUCUCUCGCUCUUCCUUAUUUUUUUUGUCCAUGCGUGUGUGUGUGGUCGCAUAAAUUUACCGAUAUUUCGCCUGUGAGAGCGAAACGGGCGAAAAAAAAGAGACGAGAGGCGAACCAAACGAAGAAGAAGAAGAGGCGAAAAACAGCAGCAGUUUCGUUGAAAUAUUGGGCAAAAAACGCAAACCCAACGAGAACAACAGAAAAGCUGGGCGAAAACAGGACGCACAAAAAAGAAUUAAAAUCAAAAGAAGAGAGGCGCAAAGCGGAGAGAGCAAAAAGAAGCAGAGACAACAACAACAACAACAAAAGCCGCCACAAUGAGCAAACCACUCUUUGAUCUUCCGUUGACCAUUGACCCAGACAAUGAGUUGCGUUUUGUGGGUCCCUUCAACCGACCCGUCGUCACAAUCAUGACUCUGCGCAACAAUUCAAAUCUGCCCCUGGUCUUCAAGAUUAAAACAACCGCCCCGAAGCGCUACUGCGUACGUCCAAACAUCGGCAAGAUCCUGCCCUUUCGAACGACUCAGGUGGAGAUCUGCCUGCAGCCAUUCAUCUAUGAUCAGCAGGAGAAGAACAAGCACAAGUUCAUGGUGCAGAGCGUGCUGGCACCCGUGGAUGCUGAUCUGACCGAUUUGAAUAAAUUGUGGAAGGAACUGGAGCCGGAGCAGCUGAUGGACGCCAAGCUGAAGUGCGUGUUCGAGAUGCCCAGCGCCGAGGCGAAUGCGGAGAACACUAGCGGCGGCGGAGCUAGCGGCGUCGGAAGCGGAAGUGCCGGAGGCGGAAGCGUGGGCGCCAACACUAGUUCAGCCAGCGCCGAGGCGCUCGAGAGCAAGCCGAAGCUCUCCAGCGAGGAUAAGCCCUCGAGUUUGCCCGAUACCGCAGAGCAUGUGGAGUCGCUGGCCGGAGAGAUCAAGGCGCUGCGUGAGACAAACAGCGAACUGCGAAAAGAAAAUCUUCACUUGAAGGAUCAAAUCACACGCUACCGCAGCUCGCCGGCCAUCAAGCAGGUGAAUGAGCCCUAUGCCCCAGUUCUGGCUGAGAAGCAGAUUCCGGUCUUUUACAUUGCAAUUGCCAUUGCUGCGGCCAUCUUAAGCCUCCUGCUGGGCAAAUUCUUUCUCUGAAUGCCAUAAACGAACGCCAGCAACAUGCUAUAUGCAACGUGCAGCAGCAGCAGCAGCAACAACAGCAAGAAAAGCGGCAACACCAUCAAACAGCAACAGCAACAACAGCAGCAGCAGCAGCAACUAACAACAGCAACCACAACGAAAGAACAACCAGCAGCAGCAGCAGAAGCGAAGCAUUCAAAUCCACCAUCGGCAAAUGAAGCAAAAACCAUAGAAAAGUAAAGCUGACAAAACUAAGAAAAAAAAAA